CCCUUGGGAGAUAUAUAGGCCUACUUAAGCUUAAGCCUUGAAGGAUGGGUCCUUAGUUCAUCCUUCACAUUUCUCCUUCUGAAUUGUCCAAUCUCUUCGAUUUUAUGCCUCCGCGUUGUUUUGUCUGUCGACUGAAAAGAAAGGGAUGUGUUCAGCCCUCAGAUCGCCAGUCCUGUGAUGCGUGUCAACGCACGCAUGUUGAAUGCAUGCCUUGCACGAUAAAGGUCCCCAAUGUGCUCAGGAAAUCGGCUAGAGCUCAGGAGUGUCUAGAGGAGACGCGAGACUUCCUUUCAUAUUUAGAAUCGAACCUCUGGGAUACAACAGGUCACCCUAUACCUGAUGCAAGAAUCCUCCCAACAUCCACUAUCAUUUCGCCACUUGCGAUAUUGCCAACCGCGGCCCACGGAUGGCUAAACCAAGUCGGGGCUGUUUCGGCCCAUGAGGUAUCCUCUACUGUAGUCCCAUCAACAAACGAACUCGGGAACGUGCCAGUCACCAAUGAAGUACAUCCUGCAGUCCUCUACCUAUCGUCUACCCCAGGAUUAUCUACACACGUCGGAAGCGCUGAUGAAGCCCUCCUUUACCCCUCUCACGUUCCCAAUUAUGUGGCUAGCACUUCUGCUACCAAGAGAUGGUAUCCUGCAGCGAGAAUUGGCAUUUUGCGAUGCCAGACAUGUCGCACCGUGCGGUUCGCUAUGAACCUGUUGGACCAUCUACCAUGCCCCGUUUACAAUCGGAUGCCUCUUCGCAUGGGCCUUGCUAUGAGACCCUGGAAAAUGAUACGAGUCGGAAUGAGGAUACCAUGAGUUGGCUCGGAGGUCUGGCUUGGAGUAUGGGAUACUGGCUCAUUCCCCGGGGUGCGGCCACUCCCGAUGGUGGUCCUCCUGUAUCGGAGUACCCACUUGAUGGUUUUGACUUGA